AUGAGGCAGGAUUUGCCGGUGCGUCACAACAUUGAUGUGAUGCAUGUGGAAAAGAACUUGUCUGAUGCUAUUCUGUCUACAUUGAUGCAAAGCUCUAAGUCAAAAGAUGGCUUGAAAGCAAGAAAAGACUUAGAGGACAAUGGAAUUCGCAGACACUUGCACGCAGAGGCAAGAGGAAAAAGAACGUAUCUGCCUCCAGCAGUUUACUGGCUGUCCAAGGAAGAGAAAAUUAUAUUUACCCAGAGGUUAUCUAAGUUCAGAGGCCCUGAUAGCUACUGCGGGAAUAUCGCCAAUUGUAUAUCAGUUAAACCUCCCAUGAUUGAAAGUCUGAAGUCACACGAUCACCACGUUCUUAUCCAGAAUUUAUUACCUGCUGCGUUGAGAGGCUUUGAUAGUUUUCUCUUCAAGUUCAUGCUUGUGAACUUGAAUUCAAUAGGUUUAGUGCUUGCUAUUCUAGGGUUUUCCGACUGCGUCAAGUGGUAUCAGAGCAGGCUUUCUCCUGUCUCUUUUUCGAGCUUGAACAGCUAUGGGAGAUCAACCGUUGACCAAAGCAGAUUUUCAGGGUUUUACCGUGGCUCUAACCUCGGCCCUAACUGCUUUGACUAA